GCGGCCGUCCUAAGUGGCAUAGUGAAUGACAAGGUGCGGGAAAUCGUCCUCCUCGACGUCACCCCUCUCUCCCUGGGAAUAAAUACUGUCGGGCAGGUCAUGUCUAUUGUGGUCCCGCGGAACACGACUCUCCCCACCCAGAAGGAGCAAACGUUCCACACAAAUGAAGAUAACUCGGCAUCCGCGGAUAUCUUCGUGAAGGGAAUCCCGCCUGCUCCACGGGCCAAGCCCAAACUUGAUGUGUGCUUCAAAAUUGACGUCAAUGGCAUACUCAAUGUGUCGACCAAAGAGAGUUCGACGGGCCGAACAAACGGGAUCACUAUAACCAACAAAGAAGGGAGGCUGUCGAAAGAGGAGAUUGAUAGGAUUGUCUGGGAUGCCGCGAGGUACAGGGAGGAGGACGAAGAGUUUAAGAGGAGGGCCAAAGCUAGGAGCAGUCUCGAGAAUUACGCUUAUAAUGUGAGGAACGCGGUGAGGGUUGCAUCCGGACUAGCGGCAGCUGACAGGAGGCUGGUGGAGGAUGCAGCGGAGUUGGUUAUUCACGGGUUUCUAGCAGAUUUUGACAGAAUCGAGCUUAGCUCCGACGAAUGUGGCAAAGAACAAGCAUCAUGGGGCAAAUGUGGUGACGAAAUGUCCUUCGCUCGAGUAGCAGCUGCCUACUUUAGUGACUCUCAGAGACAGGGCACCAAGAACGCCGGUGCCAUUGCCGGCCUCAAUGUCAUCCGUAUCAUCAACGAGCCAACUGCCGCCGCCAUUGCCUAUGGCCUCGACUACAAGGGAGAGAAGAAAAACGUGUUUGUCUUCGACUUAGGCGGUGGCACAUGCGACGUCUCCCUCCUCACGAUCGACAAGGGUACCUUCGAGGUGAGGGCUACCGCUGGCGACACCCACCUCGGCGGGGAGGAUUUCGACAACCGCAUUGUCGCUCACUUUGCCGCCGAGUUUCGGCGCAAGUACGGCAAGGACCUCUCCGAAAACCCCCGAGCCCUACGUAGGCUGAGGACAGCCAGCGAGAGGGCAAAGAGGAUUCUCUCGACCAACACUGAGACCACUGUGGACAUUGAGUGCCUGCACGAGGGCAUUGAUUUCCACUCUAGCAUUUCCCGGGCUAAAUUCGAGGAUCUCAACAUGGACCUGUUUCAAAAGUGUGUCGAGCCAGUCGAGAGCUGCCUGAGAGACGCUGGGGUGGACAAAACUUCCAUCCAUGAUAUUGUUUUGGUUGGAGGCUCGACAAGAAUUCCCAAGGUUCAGAAGAUGCUGAAGAUUAUUUUCGAGGGAAAGGAGCUGUGCAGGAGCAUUAACCCGGAUGAGGCCGUUGCAUAUGGGGCGGCCGUGCAGGCGGCCGUCCUAAGUGGCAUAGGAGACAACAAGGUGCGGGACCUUGUCCUCCUCGACGUGACCCCUCUCUCCCUUGGAGUGCAAAUUGCAGGGAAGGUGAUGUCUGUUGUGGUCCCGCGGAACACGAGAGUCCCCACCCAGAAGGAGCAACAAUUCACCACGAGUGUCGAUGACCAGACGUCUGUGAGUUUCCAUGUCUAUGAAGGCGAACGGGCGAGGUCAACGGACAACAACUUGCUCGGGAAGUUCGUGCUGGAUGGGGUCCCACCUGCCCCUCGACUUGUGUCCAAACUGGAUGUGUGCUUCAAAAUCGACGUCAAUGGGAUACUGAGUGUGUCAGCCAAGGAGAGGUCGACGGGCAAUAUGAAUGGGAUCACUAUAAGCAACGAAGAAGGGAGGCUGUCGAAAGAGGAGAUUGAUAGGAUAGUGUGGAAUGCCGCGAGGUACAGGGCAGAAGACGAAGAGUUUAAGAGGAGGGCCAACGCCAGGAGAAGUCUCGAGAAUUACGCUUAUAAUGUGAGGAACAAGGUCAGGGCUGCAGUCGGGCUGGCAGCCGCCGACAGGACAAUGGUGGAGGAUGCGGCUGUGUCGGUUAUUCAGUGGGUGGAGGAGAAUCGGAUGAAGGCCAACGUGGAUGAAAUUAACCAUAAGACGAAGGAGCUUGAGCGCAUUUGCAACCCUAUCAUUAAAGUUGAUAUGGAGUCCAGUGGAUUACACAGCGGCAUUCCAGCAGAUUUUGACAGAAUCGAGCUUAGCUCCGACAAUUGUGGCGAAGAACGAGCAUCAUGGGGCAACAGUCGUGGCGAAAUGUGCUUCGCUCGAGUAGCAGCUGCCCUCGACUACUUUGUGGCAGCACAAGACGGCCGAAGAUCGGUGGCUUCGACAACG